AUAUUUAUAAGCGGUAAAAUUAAAUUGGCGAUAAAUUAAUUCGUUAUGCAGAGUAUCUGUUAGAAAUACAAAUAUAAAUUAAUCCUUAUGAAUGCCUUGUAAAUACAUUAUAUCUGCAAAAUUUUAUGCAAUGAGGAAAGUUCAUAGUUUUUUUCUCUAUUUUGAGAGUAACAUAAGAGAAGUAUUUCUAAAGUUCAUAGGCCGGCAAGGUUAUCUUGAGAGACUUGGUCGCAUUACUUGAUUAUCUUAUGUUUACUACAUCAAGGCCAUUUAAUUAUAUUGUUAUUGACGUUAUAUCAUUAAAGUACUCUCAACAUUCACUCUAUCACAGCAUUGUUUGAGGUAACUGAGGAAAAGUUAAUCUUCCGAAUGACUGAAGAGGUUUAUUUCAUUGGUGUAGAUGUGGGUUCAGGAAGCGUUAGGGCGGCACUAGUGGAUAAUAAAGGUCAUGUAUUGAAAGCUUCUGUUAAAGAAAUCCAGACUUGGAGACCACAAACUGAUUAUUAUGAACAAUCAUCAAAAGAUAUCUGGGAAUGUUGUGUUACAGUCAUAAAAAGUGUUGUAACAAAUACAAACCCUGCUAGCAUAAGGGGAAUUGGUUUUGAUGCUACAUGCUCACUGGUGGCUUUAGAUAAAGGUGGAAAUCCCAUAUCUGUUGGCACGAACAACAAUGACCAGAAUAUAAUUAUGUGGAUGGACCACCGGGCUGGAGCUGAAGCGGACUUAAUAAACAAAACUAACCAUGAUAUACUAAAAUACGUUGGAGGGAAAGUUAGCUUGGAAAUGGAAAUGCCCAAAUUGCUUUGGUUAAAGAAACAUCUGCCAAACAAAUGGAAAGACUUUGGAUACUUCUUUGACCUACCUGAUUUUCUGACAUGGAAAGCAACAGGGUCCACAAGCCGUUCUUUAUGUUCACUAGUUUGUAAAUGGAAUUACGAAUGCUCUUUAGAAGGAAAACAAGGUUGGAAUACAAGCUUUCUCUCUGAUAUAGGAUUAGAAGAUUUAGCAACAAAUAAUUUUGAAAAAAUAGGCAAUAAAGUGCUGAUGCCAGGAGAAUUUUGUGGAGGUUUAACAGUUGAAGUUGCAAACUCUCUGGGUUUGAAACCAGGAACACCUGUUGCUACAUCUAUCAUUGAUGCUCAUGCGGGUGGCUUAGGCAUGAUUGGCACAUGUGGUCAAGGGAUUGAUAAAGACAUGUCUUCACGUCUUGGGUUAAUAUGUGGUACAUCAACAUGUCACAUGGCUGUCAACAAGAAUCCUGUCCAAGUCCAAGGGGUCUGGGGUCCAUAUUACAGUGCAAUGGUUCCCAGUAUGUGGUUGAAUGAGGCCGGGCAGAGUGCUUCUGGGAUGUUAUUAGAACAUAUAAUAUCAAGUCAUCCUGCUGGUAUUGAACUACUGAAAACAAUGACCUCUGGAGAUAUUCGCAGCCACUUAAGAAACCAAUUAUCAGAUAUGGCAAAGCAAGCAGGUUACAAUGAUGUCAGCUUAUUAACUAAGGAUGUCCAUGUUUGGCCCGACUUCCAUGGCAACAGGUCCCCAUUAGCCGACCCUUCAAUGAGGGGCAUGAUCAGUGGACUGUCCAUCAAUAACAGCUUGGCUAAUCUGUCUGUCCUCUACCUGGCCACUUUACAGGCUUUGUCGUAUGGUACAAGACAUAUUAUCGAUGCAUUGGUGCUGUCGGGUUACCAGCCUUUUAAAUCUAUGUUAAUUUGCGGUGGCAUCACAAAAGACCCUCUGUUCGUACAAAUACAAGCUGAUGCCGUGGGUUUGCCUAUACUUAAGCCACAUGAAAAAGACUCCGUUUUAGUGGGAUCUGCAAUACUCGGCGCCUGUGCUUCCCAGUACUUUAGUAAUGUACAAGAAGCUAUCGAGAAAAUGGGUGGGACAGCUGACGUCAUACGACCCAAUUUGGGCACGAAAGCUUAUCACGAUAAGAAGUAUGCGGUGUUCCUAAAAAUGUUUCAAGAUCAAUUGAAAUAUAAAACCAUAAUGGGUUCGAAUAUAUAGACAGCACAAAAUAUCUACAAAUAUUGCAUUCCUUAGAAUUUUAUUCGGGUUUCAGGGUGAUUAUUUAUUUACGUAGUUUCAUACUAAGUUGCUUUUGUUAUUGCUCAUUAUUAUUAAAAAUUAUGGUACUGCAA